AUGCCGGAGCACGACGCGUACCAGCUGCGGCCGCGGAGCGCGCGGCGCCGCGAGCCGCGCGAGCGCCGGCCGCCGCAGCCGCUCAGCAAGUACCGCCGCAAGACCGCCAACGCGCGCGAGCGCAGCCGCAUGCGCGAGAUCAACCGCGCGUUCGAGACGCUGCGGCGCGCCGUGCCCGCUGCCGCCAUCACGGGCGCGCCCGUGCCCUGCGAGAAGCUCACCAAGAUCACGACGCUGCGGCUGGCCAUGCGCUACAUCGCGGCGCUGUCGGCGGCGCUGCGCGAGGCGGAGGCGCCGACCGCCGCGUGGGCCUCUCCGCGCUCCGACCGCUCCGGGCACUCCGGGCGCUCCGACCCCGACGCCGCCUCCACGGAGGAGUUCGCGGAGGACUCCCUCUCGCCCUUCGACUCCUUCUUCGCGGAGUUCGAGUGCGAUUACGUGGACAGGACUUUCGCGUGACAGUGGCCGCGUACUCAGUGAUGUGUGGCCCGAGCCUGGACCCGAUGCGGUGGUGCUAAUUGUAAUUACUUAGGUAUCCAACCUCCCUGCCAUAUUAUUGUUUAAUUUACCAGAGAUGUUUUGAGAUUUAUUUAUAUUUUUAUUUAAAUUUAAUAAAUUGUAACUGUUAUUGUUUUA